UUCACUGAUGGUGAUGGAAAUAUUUUCUAUACGUUUUUCCAACGUUUUUUUUACAAAAAUAAUACUCUAUGCUGACUGAUAACCUAACCACUUCGAUUUUGUUAUUGAUUAUUAAAAAUUAAAUUAUUUUAAUAACCAUGAAGAAAUUGACCAAAAGUAAACAAAAUUAUCCAUCAUUGAAGAGCACUGAAAAAUGUCGCACAGUCACCACAUCAUCAUCAUCAUCAGCGAUGUCAGAGCGCGCUGGGCGGCGCGGCGCCGGCGCCCCGUUCUACUUGCCGCCGCGCCGGCAGACCUCCGCCGAGAUCAUCAGCGAGGCACGGGCCGCCGUCUACGGAGACGCCAGCAGCGCAUCUAGCGGCGCGGGCGGCGCGGGGGUCGCGGGGCUGCGUCCGCUGCGCACGCGCCGCCCCUUCACCCCGCGCGACGCGCAGCGCACGCUGUUCACCGACCGCGCCCAGCCGCGCCCGCCCAGCGCCUUCAACCUAAAGUACGUGAGUCCGUCGGAGGGGGCGGCGGCGCUGGACGCGGGGGACCUCAAGGGCAUCCUGCUCACCGAGCCCCUCGGCGGACAUGGCAAGAAGAAACCUGCUGCGCGAGGUCAACCGCGUCCAUUACAACCAGCGGACAGCUGGGGCGGCGGCGCGCGCCUGCCGCAGCUCAGCGGCCGGAGCAAGCCGCUGCACCGCCGAGGCACCUGCACCGGCGCACCAGACGAUUUGAAAAGCGAGACUCUCUUGGAGCUGACGAGUGCCAUCAUGGUGACGCAGCCGCUCGGGUACACCGCCAGCGGCGCCAGCGGGGAUUAUAGUGACAAAUCCCCAAGUCCGGACCCCACAUCCAGGCGCAAGCAGUACACAAACGGGCGUAGCGCGAGCGACGCGGCGCCGGCCGACGUCACGGUUAGGCAGCUGUCUGUGCAGAUGCCUAGUGCUUUCAGUGCUGAAAGGGUUGAAAGCCUAAGCAUACUAGAGCUAUCCGAAGUCCUAACCCAGAAGUCCCGCGACACGGAGCGCACCCUUCUCCUAAUGGGGGCGCUACAAGCGGCGCUGGAAACCGCUCGGCCCUCCGGUAGUUUACGCGAGUUUACACUCCGCUCGCUUUACACGCACAUAGAUAGUGUGGAUGAACGUGUACUGGUUGCUAUAGCCAGGGCUAUGCUCACGCUCCGCGUGACGGGCCCGCACCUGGCGGCUGCCUGCAAGCUGGUCUUCAAGCUGGCCAGGAACGACAAGAACGACCACUUCUUCAUCAACACUAACCUGCUUGAGCUCCUAGUAGAAGGCUGCGGGCGAGCCGACCCAAUAACCGAGGCGGAAUGCUGCAUCUACGGCGCGGGGGCGCUCCGCUUCCUGGCCCUGGAGCCGGCCCUGAGAGCGCGGGCGCACCGGGCGGGGGCCGCGGACUUACUGGUGUUGCACUUGAAGAUAUUGAAUACGGCCAAAGAAGACAACCCGCGCGGCCUCUCCGACCAGUCCUCCCACGCCCUGUACCAGCUCACGGGGGCGCUCCGCAACCUGGCGGGGGACGCGGCGGCGGCGCGGGGGGGGGCGCUGCCCGAGCUGCAGCGGGCGUUGACCUUGCACCACACGGACAGAGACGUGCUCACUAAUGUGGUGAGGUGUCUCAGCGUGCUAUCCUCAGACCCCACAUGCUGCGCGUCACUAUGCGCGCAAGAAGGCAGCGCGCGCGCACUGCUGACGUCACUGGCGCAGUGCGCAUCGCGCGCGCCACUGGCGUUGAGACUGGCGUAUACGCUGGGCAAUAUGGCCGCCGCUGAUGAUGGGGUUAGAGUUGAUAUCUACUCCAUGGAGGGUGGUGUGGACACGCUACUGACAGUGCUAGAGUCCUACACGGAGCGCGCGCGCGGGCCCGGCGACCCCGAGGCGGACCCUGACUUGCAUCUUAUUGGAAGCGAUUUAUGCGGAUCCGACGGGUCGAAUGAAGAUGUGUUAAUCAAGACAGUCCGCGUGAUAGCCAACCUAUGCCUAUCAUGGCGCGUGGGCGCCGCCCUGGCGUCGAGCCACUGUGGGCGGGUGUGCCGCGCCGCCCUCGCCUGCCUGCGCGCCCCCCGGCGGAGCCCGGCGCCCAGUGCGACAACAGACUACGAAGACACCGGCGACUCGCCCCACGAGGACCGACGACACGAGCUGGCCACGGCGGCGCUGGCCACCGUCAACAACGUGACGUUCUACCGCGACCACGCCGCGCCCGCGCCGCCGCUGCUCGAGGACAUCGCACGAGGUAACAACAACUGUUGCAGACAACAGACUACUCAGAGACAACCACGUGACGUUCUAGACCACGCCGCGCCCGCGCCGCCGCUGCUCGAGGACAUCGCACGAGGUAACAACAACUGUUGCAGACAACAGACUACUCAGAGACAACCACGUGACGUUCUAGACCACGCCGCGCCCGCGCCGCCGCUGCUCGAGGACAUCGCACGAGGUAACAACAACUGUUGCAGACAACAGACUACUCAGAGACAACCACGUGACGUUCUAGACCACGCCGCGCCCGCGCCGCCGCUGCUCGAGGACAUCGCACGAGGUAACAACAACUGUUGCAGACAACAGACUACUCAGAGACAACCACGUGACGUUCUAGACCACGCCGCGCCCGCGCCGCCGCUGCUCGAGGACAUCGCACGAGAGACAUGUUCCUGGCUGGGCGAGUCAGCAGCGGGCGGCGAGGCGGUCCGCGCGCUCGGGAACCUGUCCCGCGCCGCGCCGCUCGCGCAGCUGCUGGCGCUGGAGGGCGCGCUGCCCAGGCUGGCACCGCUGCUGACGCACGAGGAGUCAUCAGUCCGGUGCGCGGCGGCCGGCGUGCUGGUCAACAUGUGCGGCGCGGGGGUCGCCGCCGCCGCGCCCGCCGCCACGCACGCACUCGAGUUGUCAGCACAAUCCCGCGACGCGGCUACGGCGGCGCUGCUGGCGCGCGCGCUGUGGAACGCGCACAGCCACGGCGCGCUCUCUGUCAGCGACGGACGCCGGGCUGCUGACGCGCUCACUGUGUUCAUUGGUGAGUCUAUUAGUUACACUAUAUUCUACUAUAGUUGUCAGCUGGCGCUGCGGAACGCGCACAGCCACGGCGCGCUCUCUGUCAGCGACGGACGCCGGGCUGCUGACGCGCUCACUGUGUUCAUUGGUGAGUCUAUUAGUUACACUAUAUUCUACUAUAGUUGUCAGCUGGCGCUGUGGAACGCGCACAGCCACGGCGCGCUCUCUGUCAGCGACGGACGCCGGGCUGCUGACGCGCUCACUGUGUUCAUUGGUGAGUCUAUUAGUUACACUAUAUUCUACUAUAGUUGUCAACUGGCGCUGUGGAACGCGCACAGCCACGGCGCGCUCUCUGUCAGCGACGGACGCCGGGCUGCUGACGCGCUCACUGUGUUCAUUGGUGAGUCUAUUAGUUACACUAUAUUCUACUAUAGUUGUCAGCUGGCGCUGUGGAACGCGCACAGCCACGGCGCGCUCUCUGUCAGCGACGGACGCCGGGCUGCUGACGCGCUCACUGUGUUCAUUGGUGAGUCUAUUAGUUACACUAUAUUCUACUAUAGUUGUCAGCUGGCGCUGUGGAACGCGCACAGCCACGGCGCGCUCUCUGUCAGCGACGGACGCCGGGCUGCUGACGCGCUCACUGUGUUCAUUGGUGAGUCUAUUAGUUACACUAUAUUCUACUAUAGUUGUCAGCUGGCGCUGUGGAACGCGCACAGCCACGGCGCGCUCUCUGUCAGCGACGGACGCCGGGCUGCUGACGCGCUCACUGUGUUCAUUGAUGACGACUCGGUGUUCGCGGCGUGCGAAGCGUUCCGCAACUCCGACCGACACGCGAGCAACCCCGAGCUGUCUAAACUACAUGUGAGACACUUAUUUACUGUAAAAUUCCCCGACAAAACCCCGCACCCACAAACCCUGCCAAAAUCGUGCAGCGUCGAUCGAGACCUGAACCUAGACUGCGACGACCGCGAAGACCUAGGCUUCGAAGAGGGGGACAUAUACGAAGAGGGGGAGGUGGAAGAAGGGGCUGGCUGUGCGUGCGGCCCGUGCCACCGGCUGGCGGCGUGGGAGGAGCUGGCGGCGGUGGCGCUGCCCCUGCUCGAGAAACUGCGGCCGGUGAAAGCUGACGCGUCUGUUGGCACUGAUUGAUGUGUUGGUGGGUGGUAAAAUCGUUGUUAGAGUUGGGUGGUAUCAAAAUCGACCAGCCUAUUUUAAGAUAGGGCUCAUUUUUCUAAUGUUUAUAUUCUGAAUCUGAUGCUAUUGCAGCAAUAACAGGGCAGAAUUUUAUUAUACCAUUGGGGCGUGCUGUUCGGUGAAAUAAAAACCACGUUUACAUAGUGGACUGUGUAGUAUACAGGUGUUGUAAAAAAGGUAUAUAAGUCUAAACCUACGUUUGCAGCACGUUUAUAUCUAAGCCCGGAAAUGAAAUCAGAAUGUCAAAAUUCGCGAAAAAAUUCACGUGACCAACAAAGUUUCUAUGGAAAUUGAUAUUUUUUUACAUAUUAACAGUGCGGUGGUUCAAAAUAAGAUGUUCUUGUAUUGAACAAACAUUGAAAACUCAGCCCAAGGCAAAAUUUCGUUGGUCAAUUUUGAUAUCAAACAAUUCAAUUAUGCUGUCGACAUAAUUAUUAUUGUAGAGGCAAUUAUGAUAAGGCCUCUUGUUUUACCAGAGAAGUAUGGAUUAUAAUUUUACGUUUUUAUUCCUUUAUAAUUCUAGUCAGUAUACUUACUACUUAUUACUUAGUAAUAAAUUAUCUGAAUUAUGUAACUAACGUAUACCUACGAUGUAGAACUUUUUUCUUUUAUGUUCUUAGUUUUAUUACGAUAGAGAAAAUUAUGUAAAAUAUUUAAUAA